CAAUGCAUCACAUUUUGUGUCUUUUCGGGUUCUUCCCAUCCCAAGUAAAUAAAAACUCCUAUUAAUCGAUCAGGCGAGUAAACAAAUUUAACGGUCGUGAUCUACCGUGACUAAUCUUUCAAUGACUUGUGUGAUAAACACCAUUUCUUCACCCUCAAAUUCAAAUACGUAAACGGAGGGAAAACAUUUUUUUCUCACACAACCUUAAUCAGAACUCCAAUCCUCCGACUUCCAAUAUUUUCUCUCUUGUUUUGCUCUCAAAACAAGUAUUAUUAAUCCUUCAUUAUACUCUGAGAUCUGAUCGAGUUGUAACGAGAUCCAUAACCCUAACCAAUGGCUGAAACCCUAAGCCCCAAUCCAGCAACGGCACUGAAACAGAGAGCUCCAAUGGCCCCUCGCCUCCAAUCUCCGACUAGUCCAUUCUUCUUGGGCUCCAACGACGACAAACUGGAACGCGCUCAGGCAAGAGCCGCCCGUGCCGCUGCCAUUCGCCGCAAAUCCGUUGCCCCCACUACCUGCGCCGGCCCUCCUCCCGACCCUUGUCUUGGCAAACAACAGAUUCUCGAGUUGUUCCAUAAUUGCAUCAAACUCGCCAGCGAAAAUAAAAUUAAUCAAAAGAAUACGUGGGAGCUGAAUCUGAUAGAUCAUAUUUGUGACCUUAUUAAAGUCGAAGAAGAAGAUGAUGUGGAGACGAAUUUUCAAAAGGCAAGUUGCACUCUUGAAGCUGGAGUUAAGAUUUACUCAAUGAGGGUGGAUUCAGUGCAUUCAGAGGCAUAUAAGGUCCUUGGUGGGAUUAAUCGAGUGGGACAAGAAAACGAACAAGAUAAUAUGGUGGAGGAUGCCAACAUCAACAGGGGGCAAGAUGAAGGUUGCUCCAAGAAAGAGCAAGAGAGGAAGUUGUCACCUUUAUCAACACUGGAAUCGUCAUUUGAGGCUCUCAACGUGAAGAAGUUUGAUGUUGCAUUUGCAGUGGAUCCUCUCUAUCAUCAGACAUCCGCACAGUUUGAUGAAGGUGGGGCCAAGGGUCUCUUAUUGAAUAAUCUUGGAGUAUACGGUAGCUGUCGGGUGCUCUUUGAUUCGCUGGAAGUACCAGGGAAGUGUACACCAUGUGCGAUUCAACAUGAUACAGAAGACACAAUUGAUAUAUCUUUUGCUAGAGAAUGCAUUGAACAGAUGGCGUUGAACAUGCCCAGGGAGAAUGAAAUUUCACCAAGUCUUGGAAUUAUAGUCAAUCAAUUUGAUGAAGAUCGGAGACCAUCAGAUGCAUUUGGGAAACCAGUGGAGCAAGUUUAUGAAGCUCAUAAUGAUAACUCUGAGUUUGAUGGCAAUGCAUUUGAGAACUGUGAGAACUGGGCCUUUGAUCACGAUGACCAAGCAAGUGUGGUUGGAGAGGACUCUUUUGGUGGAGAUCCAGAUUUACCAAGUCACUUAGAGGAAAAUGAAUCAUUCACUUUCCAUGACCAUGAUGUGGAUGACAGAUUUGAGAAAGUUGAUGGCUAUUUGUUUUUAAGUUUGGGAUUUACUUCAAAACAGAAUGCCUGGGCAGGUCCUGAUCAUUGGAAGUAUAGGAAGGCUAAAGGUUCAGAGGAUCCUGCCAAGGAAAAUGAACCAUCAUUAACAACUAAGAGACCAAGGAAUAAAAAAAAGCCAGAAAUUGAUAUUGAUUUUACAAUUGCCUUGGAUAAUGACAUAUCAGAUGUCUUUGCUCCUCCUAGGAAUCCUAAGUCAUUAUUGCUGCCUGCAAAUAGAGCACCAUGUAAUAUGACACUUCCGGAAGAUUGCCAUUAUCAACCAGAGGAUCUUGUCAAGCUAUUUCUUCUACCUAAUGUUAUGUGCCUUGGGAGGAGAGGAAGAAAUCGUUCUGAUGACUUUCUUCAUCAAAGAGAUGAUUAUGGCCCACUGCCAUCAUGGGAUGACGAAAAUAUGUUUGGUGGUGAAUUUGAUGAUGGAUGUGUCCAUAGUGAUAUAGAGGACUCAAGCGCACUUGUGUCUCAGCCUCGCCAGGUAAAUAAGAUAGAAGUCCAAUAUGACAAAACUGCUAAACGAGUUGAUGUCCAUUCAUUGAAAGAAACACUCUGGAACCACAUACGAGAACCCACUCAAUUGUCUGUUCAGGGGCAGGAAGGAACAGCAUCUUUCAGGCAAGUCUUGGCCAGUUUUCCGAUUGAUUGUGGAGCAGUUGCUGCACGUGAGGAUAUCUCCCCCCAUCUGUGUUUCAUAUGCCUAUUGCAUUUAGCAAACGAGCAUGGUUUGAGCAUCCGUGGCUGCGCCAAUUUGGAUGAUCUUAGCAUACACCUUCCAUCUCUCACAUUUACGGCUUCAGUAAACUAAGCUGUACCAUCCUGGUGCUUUCUUGUGCUUUUGCUAUGGAUGUGUAUCAAAUGUAUCUAAAUGAGCGUGUCACUGUAUCUGUAGAAAUACGCUCCAAUUUAUGCAGAAAGAUUAAAACUUAUAAACCAUCUUCGUGUUAAUUGUGAUGCAGUGCCCAUAAAAAGUGUCUUCCUGUUAUAAGAGUAUUAUGUAUGCUUUGAUAUUAUCAAAAACCUCGUUUCUUGACAAAUGAAUGUUCCGUGUUUAUAGAAACCUCAAUUCUCAUGGGUGAGAUUGAAGAGAAGUUGUACUCUUGUAUUUUCUCACUUGGCAAGAUUUGAAGUUUGAACCUA